AUGGGCAAAUCCUCCAAAGACAAACGUGACGCCUACUACCGCCUUGCCAAAGAACAAGGCUGGCGCGCCCGUUCCGCCUUCAAGCUAAUCCAGCUCGACGAGCAAUUCGACCUUUUUUCUGGUGUUACCCGUGUUGUUGACCUUUGCGCUGCUCCCGGAAGCUGGAGCCAGGUGCUGUCGAGGGUCUUGAUUAAGGGAGAAAGCUUUGGGAGGAGGGCGUGGGACGAGAAGCAGAAGAGGGAAGGUGAGGCUCUGCCAGGCGGAGUUGAGGAGAAAGAAGGGGAUGGGCAUCGAGAUGGGGAAGAGGAAAAGCAAGUGAAACUGGGCGAGCUGAGGCCGAGGAAGGAUGUCAAAAUCGUGGCGGUGGAUCUACAACCGAUGGCUAGCCUGGAAGGAAUCACGAGCUUGAAAGGGGACAUCACUACCCCGUCUACAGUCACAAGGAUACUACAAGCCUUGGACCCAGACACAUAUGUCAAUGAUGCUGAAGACUCAGGAAGCCAUCCGGUUGACCUCGUGCUCAGCGAUGGCGCGCCAGAUGUCACAGGCUUGCAUGAUUUGGACAUCUACAUACAAUCCCAGUUACUGUAUUCGGCACUCAAUCUCGCGCUGAGGAUAUUGAAACCGGGAGGGAAAUUCGUGGCUAAAGUCUUCCGAGGAAAGGAUGUGGACUUGAUAUAUGCGCAGCUGAGAUGCUUCUUUACAAGCGUACAUUGUGCGAAGCCGAGGAGCUCGAGGGCGAGCAGUUUGGAAGCCUUUGUAGUUUGCGAGGGAUUCAAUAUACCAAAGGGAUACAAAGUUGAUCCUAAGCGGCCGGUUGGACUUGGCGCUCAGGUUCCUGUGCCAAAGAAGAAGCAGAAAGACAUACAGUCUUUCGAUGGUGGUGGUCAAAGACGGACUGUCCGAGAGGACGGAGUCAGUGUGCUAGACUUGGAGUCUGACGAAGAAGAGGAUAAGAAUCGAUGGAUCGCUCCAUUCGUCGCUUGCGGAGAUCUCUCAGCCUGGGAUGCCGAUGCCACGUAUCACUUACCGAAAGACAGAGUCAGUCUAGAUCCUGUUCAGCCUCCCACUGCUCCUCCGUAUAAGAGGGCUUUAGAGCUGCGGAGGCAGCAAGGUGGGCUGUAUGGGAAGACUAGCAAAUGA